UAUCCAAAAUAUCAUAAGUGGUUUUCAAAUAAAUAUACUAAACGAGUUAAUAUUUUCUUAAAUAGAAAAUUAAAUUGUUAUAACAUGUUUAUAUACGUAAUUAGUAUAGAAGCUAAUCAUACUUAUUUUGGUUAUCUGCAUUUCUGUUUAUUCAUAUAUAUUAUGGGAUGAAUUAUUUCUUUGUUAU